CAAGCGGGCACCGUGCGAGCGCACACCGUGUGUGUGUGUAUGUGUGUGUGUGUGUGUGUGUGUCUCAUCUCGUCCGUCUGUAGGUGCCGGGCUCAGCGAGACGCCGGCGAGAAGGAAGAGGAGGCGAGAGGUGAACUGAGUUUGAUCCUGCGGCGGCUACAAGCGAUUUCCCCCCCACUGUCUCCGCUCCCUUCGCAGCCUCCACUUCCCUUCCCUCGGCCCCUUGCUCCUUUUCUGUUUCGGCCGGAGGUGCCAGGACCCCCGGCGGCAGCCUCCCCUCCCCCGCCGCUCCCGUCCCUUCUCGUCUGGCCCUCCCCUCCCCCGCCGCGGCCAGCACAGCCAAUCCCCCGAGCGGCCGCCAACAUGCUCUUUGAAGGCUUGGAGCUGGUGUCGGCGCUGGCCACCCUCGCCGCGUGCCUGGUGUCGGUGACGCUGCUGCUGGCCGUGUCGCAGCAGCUGUGGCAGCUGCGCUGGGCUGCCACCCGCGACAAAAGCUGCAAGCUGCCCAUCCCUAAGGGCUCCAUGGGCUUCCCGCUCAUCGGAGAGACCGGCCACUGGCUGCUACAGGGUUCUGGCUUCCAGUCGUCGCGGAGGGAGAAGUAUGGCAACGUGUUCAAGACGCACUUGCUCGGGCGGCCGCUAAUCCGCGUGACGGGCGCGGAGAAUGUACGCAAGAUCCUCAUGGGCGAGCACCACCUCGUGAGCACCGAGUGGCCACGUAGCACACGCAUGCUGCUGGGCCCGAACACGGUGGCCAACUCCAUCGGCGAUAUCCACCGCAACAAGCGCAAGGUCUUCUCCAAGAUCUUCAGCCACGAGGCCCUGGAGAGCUACCUGCCCAAGAUCCAGCUGGUGAUCCAGGACACGCUCCGUGCCUGGAGCAGCUACCCCGAGGCCAUCAACGUGUACCAGGAGGCACAGAAGCUCACCUUCCGCAUGGCCAUCCGGGUGCUGCUGGGCUUCAGCAUCCCCGAGGAGGACCUCGGGCACCUCUUUGAGGUCUACCAGCAGUUUGUGGAGAACGUCUUCUCCCUGCCUGUCGACUUGCCCUUUAGUGGCUACCGGCGGGGCAUUCAGGCGCGACAGACCCUACAGAAGGGCCUGGAAAAGGCGAUCCGGGAGAAGCUGCAGUGCACGCAGGGCAAGGACUACUCAGACGCACUGGACAUCCUCAUCGAGAGCAGCAAGGAGCACGGGGAGGAGAUGACCAUGCAGGAGCUGAAGGACGGGACGCUGGAGCUCAUCUUCGCCGCCUACGCCACCACCGCCAGCGCCAGCACCUCGCUCAUCAUGCAGCUGCUGAAGCACCCGGCCGUGCUGGAGAAGCUGCGGGAGGAGCUGCGGGCCCAGGGCAUCCUGCACAGUGGCGGCUGCCCCUGCGAGGGCACGCUGCGCCUCAGCACGCUCAGCGGGCUGCACUACCUGGACUGCGUCAUCAAGGAGGUCAUGCGCCUGUUCACGCCCGUCUCCGGGGGCUACCGCACCGUGCUGCAGACCUUCGAGCUCGACGGUUUUCAGAUCCCCAAAGGCUGGAGUGUCAUGUACAGCAUCCGGGACACGCAUGACACGGCGCCCGUGUUCAAGGACGUGAACGUCUUCGACCCUGAUCGCUUCGGUCAGGCGCGGAGCGAGGACAAGGACGGCCGCUUCCAUUACCUCCCUUUCGGUGGUGGUGUCCGGACCUGCCUGGGCAAGCACCUGGCCAAGCUGUUCCUGAAGGUGUUGGCGGUGGAGCUGGCCAGCACCAGCCGCUUCGAGCUGGCCACCCGGACCUUCCCCCGCAUCACCUUGGUCCCCGUCCUGCACCCUGUGGAUGGCCUCAGUGUCAAGUUCUUUGGCCUAGACUCCAACCAGAACAAGAUCCUGCCGGAGACGGAGGCCAUGCUGAGCGCCACGGUCUAGGGCGCCAGGCCUCGGGGCGGGAGGCGACGGAAGGGCAGAAACCUGUGUGCGGGACGGGGCUGGAGCCCGGGGAAGAGGGAGGGCUCCCCAGGCCUUGCCCUCCCCUUGUCCCCUCCCUGGCAAACCUGCCCCAAGUCAAAAGGGCUCUCCGGGGUCGGGCUCUCCCCCUGGCCCCUGCUUCUCUCUAGUCUCUCCAGUUCCCAACAGCUUAGCUCCCCCGGGAAAGGGCCUGGCCCCCCCCCCGCCCCGCCCCGCAUGCCCAUCACAGUGUUAGAUGUCGGCUGUGCUGCAGCCUUUGCUUGUGAUGUUCUGAACUGGUCUCUCCCCUCCCUUUUCUUCUGGAUUCUUUUCGUGUGAGGUCAGGUGGUUGACAUGGGGGGAGGGAGGAAAAGAGGUGCCCCCUUUGGCCUUCUCUUCAGCACCCCCUCCCCUCCUGCCUCGGCUCAGAUGGGACGAGUGCCCCUCCCGGUGUGGUCACCAGCACCUGCGGGGAACAGCAUCCUGGGUCAUAGAACACCCGUCACCCUCGGCAGGGCGGGGCCAGGCUGUAACCAGCCUGGAGGCCCACCCCUUGCCGUUUUGGACAUUUGAAAUUACCUAUUGCUGCUACUUUUUCUCUCUUCUGACCUGAGGGCAAAGGAGCCCCAGGCCCUGUCCUCCCAGCAUCCUCCCUGGUGGCCCUGGGCGCGCGCACUGACACCCGCACCUUUCUGCCAGGCGGCCUGGAGCCCGCCCUGCUCCCUAUUACACAUACACCCAAGGCCCUCGGCUCAUGGAUGGCCUUCCCCCCACCCCCAUAUUUAUUCACAAUAUAACCGAAUCUUGGUGUUACUGGGACUGGAACAAGUAUCUCCUCCGUCCCCUGGCCUCCAUCCCAGCUGUCCCCGGCAGGACUUCUGCAAGUGACCCAGCCACCGCCCCCCCCCGCCUCCCCCCGCCGGCCUAGGGUCGAGCAGCUCCCCCAGGCGCCAGACCUUCUGUGGGUUCAACCUCAGAGCCUCACUCCCGAGGUGAAAUCCAGCACAUCUGCCUUUGUCCCCUGGUGGGGAUGGGGAAACGGCCCACCGCCUCCCUGCCUCCCUGUUCUGUCAGAAACCUUGAUCACCGGGGCUGCUGCCGUGUCCCACUCGGUCACUGUUCACCCCAGUGCCCCCCACUCUGGCUAGUGAGUAUAGGGAAGGAUACGGGUUCUUUCUUCUGACGGGGAGCCAGGGCCUCCGUCGUCCCUCCCUCAACCCUCACCCUUUGCCCUUUGCCCUUGGAAAGGUGUCCUUGAAGUCCCUUCCCCCCUCUAUGCCACUGUCUGCUUAGCCCUUCUCAGGGGUGCGGGGACCAGGUGAAAGCAAGGGGAGGUGAGUGCUGAAGGCAGCCCUUCCUCAGAGCUGACUCGGGCCCUCUGCUUGGUCUUGAGGCAGCUGAGGAGGGCGCUGCAGGGAGAGCUGAGGAGGAGGGUACGUGUGAUUUGUCAGAAGUGAUUUGGUUGAAAACUGGCUGGCCAGGGGAUGAAAGAAGAGCAGCUCCUGCCACUGGCAUUUUGAGUGUUGGCAAUUAGGGAUGCCUCCCGGGGAUGGUUUGGGGCCUUUGGUGAGUCUCUAAGUGAUUUUGUCUGUUUUCAAGUUUUUCUUUGCUUUUCGUGUUUCUCUGUUGGCUUUUGAUGUUAUAAAAGCGGUGAAUCCCCUUUAGGAGAAAAUCAAAAACACACAGAAGAGGAAUGCGGGACGUCGAUUCCCCGGUUGCCUCUCCGUAGCAGUGACCACUGUGAGCAGCUCAGUGGUCCCCCCAGUGGUGUUCAGUGGGCAGGCGGCAGCCCCCCACUGCCGCCCCCAUGCACACCUGCCUUGUGGUGGGCUUUACAGGAAUGGCUCGUGCCUGCGGACUGUCCUGUCACCCCCAUUCUCAACUGUUUCAUUUGGUUCCUACCUUUUCACUGUUAAAAGGCAAGUGUGGCACAGACGUUAUUGGCAAAAAUUGACAUUAAAAAAAUGAGUAAUAUCUCUCAACCUCCCCCACCCCACCGCCCCAUUCUGAAAAACAGGCAAAAGUGUGUAAAGACUCAUCAAAGCUUGAAAAUAGCUGCAUGGUGCACCAGAAUCUGUUACCUACAAAAAAGCCUGGUGUCUGGAAGGUUCAUGCUCCUCUAAGCUGACCCAGCUUGCCCUGAACCAAAUGUCUUUGACUAAAUAUCGAGGAUUGCUGUAAGUGCAGCUUCGGACAGGAAGCCUGCCAGGCCUGGCCCCGGCGACGGGCAGGGAGCUGGAGGGCUGCGGGACACCUCAGUGACCUUUGGUUUGGGUGACCAGCCUGGGAGGGGCAGAGAAGGCAAGGCUGAGGGGAUCCCUGUGAGGGAGGGAAGAAGGAUCAUUUGCCCCGCUGGGUCUCAAAGGCAAUAAGAAGAGAACUGAAGAAAGCUCUUGACUGGCUGACAGGAGGGUUCCAAUGUUGAGACUCACCCAUGUCUCCUCUUUACAUCCAUCCGUGUCUGUGUGCUAGUGUGUAGGUUUUAUAGAGGUAGCAUUAGAUGGGUGAUGUGUUCUCACUUACCAUUCCUACUAUUGUAACUUGACAUUAAAAAGACAAAACCCCACAAAACUCUUCCCGCCAUGGGCUUGCAGAUUGAAGCACUUUCAAUGUUGGGCGCUGGCAUUUGUGUUCUGGUCACCAUCCUGACCCUGCCCAGAUCGCUAUAAUAUAAUUUUAUACACAAAACUUGUUUUUUCAUAAAUGUUAUAAUUUUGUGUCUGUCUUUAUAAACUAUUAUAAGUACUAUUUUUGUUAUAAUUCAAAAUAGAUAUUUAGUAUAAAGUUUUUGCUGUUAAAUAUUUGUUAUUUAGUAAAAUAUGAAUUUUUUCCUCUAUUGUAAACAUGGUUCAAAAUGUUAAUAUGUUUUUAUCACAGUUGUUUUAAUAUUGAAAAAGCACUUGUGUGUUUUGUUUUGAUAUGAAAUGGUGCCGUGUGAGUGUUUUUGCUGUCGUGGUUUUAAUCUGUAUAUAAUAUUCCAUGUUGCAUAUUAAAAAAAGUUGUGCAUUUUGUGAUUUUGGAAAUACUCAAUGUGGCUCUUUUAUAGGCUUCUAUAAUAAACC